GCAAUGCCAACUCAUUAUCUUCAAAACAGUCAACAAACAAGACAGUCUGGAUUGAACAAUACAAGUUUUGUUAGCAGCUACUGUUUAUUUAUGAAAUAUCCAAGAAAAUGAUUCACAACCGAUUCUUGUAAAAUAAAUAACAGAAUCAGUUUUACUGGAUGCAACCAACAUGCAACUAACUGUCUUGGAUUAAACAAAUCUGAAUUCAAAACAAAUGAAGACCAACUUCAGCUUACAAAUUUUAAUUUUGGCUUUACUUUUGGAUCUUGUGUACACCAAAAAACAUCACGUAGGACCAUGUUUGGUGGUGACAGAGCCAGAGCCAUGCCCUGACCCAGACUAUAUACAGUUAUAUUUGUAUACCAGAGAAAAUCCUGAAAAUGGACAAUACAUUGAAUUCUUCGAGUCAUCAGACAACCUAACAUCUUCCAACUUCAAUCCAAAGAACUCAAACAAAAUAAUCAUCCAUGGUUUUAAUACUGAUAUGAAUUUAGACGUUCUGCAAAAUAUUAAGGCAGAAUAUCUGAAGCAGAAUGAUGCAAACAUAUGGAUGGUCAACUACCCCAAACUGGUGGAGAAGUCAUGGUGCUACCUUACAGCUAUUGUCAACAUAGAACACGUAGGAAAGUGUUUGGCUCCGGUAGUGACAGGGUUGCGCCGACACAAAUCCAACGAUAUACACAUCAUAGGCUUUAGUCUAGGAGCACAAGUCGCUAACUAUUUGGCCAACACUCUGGGGAAAAAUAAACUUCCGAGAAUAACAGGCUUAGACCCUGCAGGCCCUGGAUUUACGCUGAUGAGUAAGACUCGUAGACUUGAUCCUAGUGAUGCCAAAUUUGUCGACGUGAUUCACACAAACGGCGGCUUGCAGGGAGACAUUCAAACUUGUGGCCACAUUGAUUUCUAUAUGAAUGGAGGAAUCACUCAACCCGGGUGUUUUGAUGAUAAACAAGAUUUUCUCAACUGUAAUCACCGUCGAGCUACAAUAUACUUUUCCGAGUCCAUCAACAGCAAAGUUGGUUUUCUCGGUUGGAAAUGCAAAGGAUAUUUGGAUUAUAUCCGUGGUAAAUGCAAACCCAAAACCACUAUGGUUCUGAUGGGGGAACACUGUUCUGCUGGAAGUACUGGUCUGAUCAUCGCCUACACUGCCUCAGAGAAACCUUUUGCCCUAGGCAACUGGACUAGUGCAUCUUACCACAAAAGACUACCAAAACUGGAGUUUACCGAAUUCCCAAAUGAUAGCAGAUCACUUUCGUCAAAUAAUCCAGUACAAAGGAUAUUUCUAGAUUAUUACCUAAUUAGACAGCUGAACAUCACACACAGUCUAUCGUAAAUACUGCGAAACCUUGAUGAAUCAAAUUUUAAUGUAUCAAAUUUAUCAAUGCAUUAAAAACCUUCAACCACUCUACUUCAAGAAAUGGAAGAUCUAAUUAAAAAGAAAUACUGUGAAUUAAAGCUUAAUGAUUUGA